AUGUCUGCUCCAGAAGUUUCCAAAAUAACUGCUAUCCCUCCAAUUUCGUUAAACGAAGACAGGGAAAAGUCCAGUUUCUGGUCCGCCAACCCGCUAUCUAGUUUUGUCAUUGAUACUUACAGACAACUACAUGCUCAUAGACAAUCUUUAUCCUUGGUCAACCCAGGUACUGUGGAAAACUUGAACAAAGAAGUCUCCAGAGAUGUGUUUUUGUCGCAAUACUUUUUCACUGGUCUAAGAGCUGAUCUAAACAAGGCUUUCACUUUGAACCCAGCUUUCCAAACUUCUCACACUUUCUCUAUUGGCUCUACCUCUCUGCCAAACUAUGCAUUCUCUGCUCUAUUUGCAAAUGAUAACUUGUUCAUGCAAGGUAACAUCGAUAAUGACUUCUCCCUUUCCGGUAGAAUGAACUAUGGUUGGAACAAGAACAACAUAUCUAAGAUCAACUUACAAAUUGCUAACGGCCAACCAACUAUGUGCCAACUGGAGCAAGAUUACCAGGCUUCUGAUUCCUCUUUGAACUUCAAGUCUCUAAAUCCAUCCAUUUCUAGUAACGGGACUUUGACCGGUGUUUAUGUCGGUUCUCUUCUACAAAGUAUCAGCCCACAGUUGGCUGUCGGUCUAGAGGUCUUGUACUCCAGAGCCGAUGCCAAGACUCCAGCAGACAGUGGUGUCUCAUAUUUGACCCGUUACGUUUCUCCAAAGCAAGACUGGAUCUUCUCUGGUCAAUUACAAGCCAACGGUGCUUUGGUCGCCUCUUUCUGGAGAAAGGUUGCCCCAAAUGUUGAAGCCGGUAUCGAAACGACUCUACAAGCCGGUAUGAUUCCAAUCACAGACCCAGUUAUGGGUACUCCAAUUGGUAUUCAACCAACCAUCGAAGGUUCCACUACCAUUGGUGCUAAAUACGAAUAUAGACAAUCCGUUUACCGUGGUUCCGUCGACUCUAACGGUAAGAUUGGCUGUUUCUUGGAGAGAAAGAUCUUACCAACAUUGUCUGUUUUGUUCUGUGGUGAAAUUGAUCAAUUCAAACAGGAAAGUAAGAUUGGCUGUGGUUUACAGUUCGAAACGGCUGGUAACCAAGAACUACUAAUGAUGCAACAAGGUUUGGACGCAGAUGGUAACCCAUUGCAAGCUCUACCAGAAAUGUAA